GUCCAAUGUAUCUGAUGUAUUACCGAUCUCAGUCAUCAUAGGAUACUUUUAUUGGAAUGAAGCCUCCAUCCCUACCGUUUUCUACUCCGAAAGUUUCGGAGUAUCUUUGUACCCCUUGGAUUGUUUCUAUCACCGAACAUCACAUUCUCAAGUCUUCGGGAUCAGAAAGAGAGACCUUUGAAUGCGCGCUCCCGUUACCCGGUUUGCCUGAAAUGAUUUUUGAUAAAAACAGCGUUUCAAUUAUGUAUAACGGUAACAGUACGGCUACAGAAUCGAGGCCUUAUCUGUCUUUUACUGCUCUGGAUGCUUUAAAAAUGGUGGAUUGCACCAAAAUAACAGUUGAGGUUCCAUUCGCCAAGGAAUGGCAAAAGGCCCGUGAGAACACAGACGAACAACUUGACCAGCCCAAGCCUUAUGACUGGACUUUCACCACGCCAUACAACGGGUCACUUAGAGGUCCAUGGUCUGUUGACAACUACGCGGAGGGUUUGGACAUGUCUUUGUUGCGGCGACGUGAUCCGAUCCUGUUUUAUGCCGAGACAACUCUGUUCGAGGAUGAGCUCGGUGAUAAUGGCAUCUCCAUGCUUAACAUCAAGCUGCGAGUGAUGGAAACCGGAUUUUUCCUGCUACAACGCUUUUUCCUGCGAGUUGAUGGCGGUCUCGUACGCACGUUUGACACGCGAAUACAAUGGCGCAAAGGUGAUAAAAUCUGAGAGCUCAAUCAUUGUACUCUUAAGUAACUGGGAAAUCACAUAGAACGUUGGUACUACUCCAUUGCCAGUCAAUUUCCUCUGCCGCCGCCGUUGGGCGAUAUCCUGCAACAAUCGCCAUCUCUCAUUGUGUCCAAUUUAACUUUCCUCGGUUGCGCAAGGAGUCCGUGGACAACUCCUUCACCGACACUUCUACUUUCCACGCUGUCUAAUUUUACUCAUUUAGAUGAGGUGGUCAACUCUCCUCCUUCAACUGCUAGCUCUCACGAGCAUUCUAAUGUUUCGCUAGCGUUCCGGUAGUCAGGUUUGGCGUCUGCUUACCAGCUUUUUACCUAGCCUACAAGUAUAACACUAACGACGCUAUUGACGGCUUUUAUUUUUGGAGUUUGCUACCGAUCGUUGAUGCUACUCCUGUUACAGCCGCAACGGAGGAUUCCAUACUUU